AUGGCUGACAGUUUUUGUCUUUUCUGCCGCCACCAUUCGCUGGUUUUUUUUCAUUUCUGUCUUUUGUUUUGCUUUUUUCUUUCUAUCUCAACUGUUAAAAUAAUAACAUUAAAGAACAUACCCGACCAUCGGUCACCUGACCGAAAAUCCGCCCUUUUUGUCACUGUUUCCCGUUCUCUGCUUCUCUUUCCGCCGUACACUAAUUCUCGAAAAAACUCAAAUUUUGCAGAAAAAGAAACAAUGUUCGAAUUGGCGUUCAUUGCGGUACUCGUCGCCGCAGCCAUCUACAUUUUUGCAACUCUUCGCAAAAAUGGAUUCUUCGUGAUUAUUGAACCAUCGGUCACCACUUCACCAAAGCAUCUUGAUAAACCAUUGACAGUAUACUACAAGUAUCAUUUGGGACCAUAUCAAAAUGUGUGUGAAAUCAUUAACGAGGCAAAACAUAUUCUCUCAUCCAGUGUAAACUCUGCUACUUACUUUGGAAUCUAUUAUGAUAACCCAGAGAACACCGAUUCUCACUUCCUUCAAUCAGCCAUCGGAGUUGUGUUUGGAAACGACGGAAAAGAUUUGCAUGAGGAGAAGUAUGCCAAGGAAUUAACAGAUAAUGGAUUCGAGAAGUUUGUCUUGCCAAAGGUCGAGAGAGCAGUCCAAGCCGUGCAGCCAUCAACUGGAGGAUUUGCUUCGUUCUUGGCUCUCGUUUGGUUUACAUACUCUACUAUCAAGAAAUACAUUUCGGACAAUAAACUCGAAACCACCUACGCCGUCGAAUUCUACUCCCAUGACGAAAUCGACGUCAUUUUCCCAUUGGAUGAUGCCAGCGAGUUCCUCGUGAAGGAUUAUCAAUCGAUCGACAAACUCGAGAGUGACGCUGCCAAGAAAAGAUUCGAUUCCUCCGAGGAAGAUAGUGAGAGUGAUCCAGAGGGAGCUGAUGAGCCAGAAGAUGAGGAAAAGGAGAACUGA